AUGCCCUGCUUCAAGGGUAUUGCGGUGAGCAUCCAUGCCAAUUCGGCUCCGCUCCCCGAAUACGGCAUCCAGAAGCAGUCGAGGCUGUCUCGCAUUAGCACCUACAUCCCGGUGCCGCAGCCGACGCUCACCGCGGGCAACAAGCCGGAGCCCGCCAAGUUCGCCAUCUCCAUCACGCUGCUGACGCCCGGCCUGCCCAUUCCCUACUCGGCCCCCAAGCCGUCCGAGUCCAACCCGUACCCGAAGCCGCAGUUCGUCGGCGGUCUCCACCCCGGCUCCCAGAAUGAGCGAGGCAGCAGGGUCGCCGGAGCCGUGGCUCCCUACAUGCCCUUGACAAACUCCGAAAACGAGACGAUCGCGGCCUACAUCUACUUUGACGGGAGGGGCAAGGAAGAGGUUGCCACCUUGCUCCGUCCGGGCGAGGAGACCUGGGUCAACAGCCGCUGGGUCCAGGUGCCCGACUCCGAAGGCGGCGGCCUGGCCGAGCGCGAGUUCCUCUUCCGCGAGGUUGGCCUCGAGCGUUGGCUCAACGGCCUGGACCUCAAGGGGCACGACGCUGCGGAGAAGCUCGAGAAACGACGUCAGAAGUUUGAAAGAAGGAGGCGACGACAGGCUGCCACCUUGGAGGGCAACACGACCACGAAUGCGGAUGGGCGCAAGAGCACUCUGAGAUAUGGCGACGAGGCCUCGCCCAUCGAACCCGUCUAUGACGAUUCCGACUCCUGGUCUGACGACGAUGACGAACCUCCCGAGGCGACGGGCCAGAUCAAAGUGGCUAUGUUCCGCGUCCUGGCUUCAGGCGAGAUCAAGAAGGGAGAAUACUCUCCCCAAUUCGACGCACACGACGGAGAUGACGAGUACGAGAAUGGGAACGGAAUCGACGCAGACGUUGAGCACACGACUAGCUUUGCCAAGCCCAAGACGCUCGAUCCCAAGACUAUCAGCACCCAAACCGUUACCGGAAUCGACGGUCCCGACAAGCCUUAUGCUACCUUUACAUUCUUCUAUCGUGGCGAAAGACAAUUGCAAAAGAUUGGCGUCCUCCAGUCGUCCAAGAACAACCCCCAGACGACCCCCGCCGCCGCGAAAAGGCGAUCAGGCCAGAUUGACUUCUCCAACCUAGGACCUCUCAAGGCUGGCGGCACAGUCGGAUUUUCCGCCUUCCGAGACCAAGGAGCUGAAGAAGCACGACGGAGAAAGGCCAGGAAGAAGAGCAACGGCAAUGCCGCCGACGAUAGCGAUGAUGACGAGGAGGAAAGCGAAUUCCUUGGCAAGUUGGAAGAAGUGGCCGACAAAGAAACCAGCACCAAGCUGGCACCAGAAGAUGUGAAAUUCCAGGGCGAACUGGCAGAUGGCGUCAACCGCAUACACCUUAAGAGGGCACAUUCGGCCGACCCAGAUGCAAACUCCACCCCGGAGACCUCCCAGCGAACCGACUCUCCUGCCGAUCCGGGCUUUCUGUCAGCACCGAACUCGGGCCUCCAGCCAAACUUCGACUCUCUCGCUUCGGCAAUGGUUGGCAGUCCGCUUAAGAAGGCGAGGCCAAGCGCCGAGCCAAGCAAUAUUGGGGAAAAGUUCUCUGCUACGCAUAGCUUGAGUGCUGCCCUGGGCUCUGCUGUUUCCAGCAAACCCGGAUCCCCAGACAAAGAAGUUGCUGCGGCUGCGAAGCCAGAAACCAAAAUAGAGGAGGAGGAGGAGCUGUAG